GGCUUCCAACCACUUGGCGGGCAGGUUCAUGUCCGGGUGAAGGGUGCAGGGGUGGGUCUAGUAGCAGCCAAAGAUUGGUUGGUAGCAGCUGAGCUAACGGCUGUGUCUCUCCGUGUCCUUGAGUGGCGCCCGGGCCCCGGCAACAUGCUCCGUGGAAUCGGCCAGCUCCGCAGAUGUGCUUUCAUCACUUCUCCAGCUUUGCGUUAUCUAGCAUCCAAGCAGAAGCAUACGUUGCCUGACCUGCCUUAUGAUUAUGCUGCAUUGGAGCCACACAUCAGUGCAGAGAUAAUGCAGCUGCAUCAUAGCAAGCAUCAUGCCACUUAUGUCAACAACUUAAACACUACUGAGGAGAAAUAUGCAGAGUCCUUAGCAAAGGGUGAUGUCACAGCUCAGGUUGCUUUGCAGCCUGCAUUACGAUUUAAUGGUGGUGGUCAUAUUAAUCACUCGAUCUUCUGGACUAAUCUGUCUCCGUCCGGUGGAGGGGAACCUACUGGAGAGCUAAUGCAAAUGAUCAAACGAGACUUUGGUUCCUUUGAGAAAUUGAAGGAGAUGAUGUCUACAAUGUCAGUGGGUGUUCAAGGCUCAGGAUGGGGCUGGCUAGGAUACAAAAAGGAUUCGGGAAGGUUACAGCUUGCAGCUUGUCCCAAUCAAGACCCUCUGCAAGGAACAACAGGUCUACAUCCCUUACUUGGAAUAGAUGUGUGGGAGCACGCCUAUUAUCUUCAGUACAAGAACGUAAGGGGUGAUUACCUAAAAGCUAUCUGGAACAUUAUCAACUGGGAAAAUGUUGAAGAGAGACUCAAAGCCGCCAUGAAAUGAAUGUCCUCAACUGGAAUUGGAGCAGCAGACAGAGUCCUAUCAGCACUCGUUUGGAUGUUGUUAUUAAACACAGUUUGCACUGUUAUGGGUGAUGUUUAAAACAUUAAAAUAUUUAAAAAAUA